AACGUGCUGUUUGCAGAUGAGGGGGAGGAAUCCGUGCUGAAAGUAAUAGAUUUUGGAUUUGCCCGCCUGUGCCCUGCAGGCAGCGCCCCCCUGCAGACCCCCUGCUUCACGCUGCAGUACGCUGCUCCUGAACUUUUUGAGAGUGCAGGAUACGACAAAGCCUGUGACCUCUGGAGUCUCGGGGUCAUCCUGUACACCAUGCUGUCAGGCCAGGUGCCAUUUCAGAGUGAGCAGCGGGGGAUGACCUCAUCAUAUGCUGCAGACAUCAUGCAAAAAAUUAAGGAGGGUGAUUUCUCAUUGGAAGGGGAGGCCUGGAAGGGCGUGUCGGAGGAUGCCAAAGAGCUUGUUAAAGGCCUGCUGACAGUGGACCCGGAGAUGCGUCUCAAACUCUCUGAUCUGAAGGAGAACAGCUGGCUGCAGGGCGGAGCCUCCAUGUCCACCACUCCUCUGUGCACUCCAGAUGUGCUGGAGUCUAGUGGACCUACUGUCCGCACCUAUGUAAACGCCACCUACAAGGCUUUCAACCGUGGCAAGAGAGAGGGCUUCUUUCUGAAAAGUGUUGACAAUGCUCCCCUUGCAAAACGCAGAAAGCUGAAGAUGACAAGUACAGGCGUUGAGACCCGGUGGAGUUCAUCCUCUUCUUCCUCCUCAUCUUCCACCUCCUCUGCCUCUGCAACAGCAUCGAAAGCACAGCCAAAGCAAACUGUGAGCCCAAAGGAAACGGUGAGCCCAAAGCAGACUGUGAGCCCAAAGCAGAGCUAGCCUCACUGGCAGAGGAGAGAUCACAGGGAAAGGGAAGAGGUAUGUGCUUAUACUGGCAACACAAUAUCCUCCAGUGUCCAAAAAACAUUCUGCAAACCAAAAGACUGGUUUGAGUUAGUGUGAAGUUUUCAAUACAACAUUGAAUUCCAUGUUUUAACAGCAACUUCAUUCACCAUGCCAUUUUCUCCCGAAACAAACUGUAUUUUCUCUGGAGUGGAUGGAAGAGAAAGGAAGUUUGGCAUCUUUAAGAUUGCACAGUCAUGUAUGGCCUUGAGAAAACUAUUCGUAUUCAGUAUUCACUUACUAUAAUGGGGUGAUAUUACACACUAAAAGUUAAAUAUGAGAAAUGUACCUGUUUCACUGUGGGUCAGAAACAGUGCCUGACUAUAUAGGGAUAAAGGGAAAAGGAGCCAUAAGUGAGCAGAAGCCAUAUAUACAGCAACACAGUGAAAAUAUCUAUUGAGCCGUUGUGAGUACACACAAAUGUGCACGAAAGCAAAUGAAAAGUCCUUCCAGGAAUUCACAGGCUUUAUCCUCUGAUUGUAUUUAGUUAUUGUGAAUGUUGCCACACAUAUGAUUGGCAGAGAUCUGCGGCCCCAAGUGCUGUGCCACAUAUAGGCACUGUGCUCUGUAAAUAUCUAAAUGGUUUCCUCUUGCGCUAUUUGCAAAGAAUUUAAAUGAUAAAAAAGAAAGGCUAAUUGCUGGAAGGACUGAGCGCAGAGGGGAAAGGAUAUGAUUUGUACAAACUAUCCGACACUUUGUUGUAUAAAUCGUCUCUAUUGGAUGCAGUCAGUCUCCACAGAUCUCAUUGAACAAAUCGUGGGCCACAUCUCUUGAUCGAUGGCUCUAAUAAAGUAUUUGCAAGCAAUUUGUAGAGCUUGAACAGGUCGCAGUAAGUGUUCAACAGUAGUCAUGGAAUAGUUUUUCCUCAUUACUUGCUGUAAAUUACUCGCAUUUUUGUGCCGCUCUGAACAUUUCUAGCAUGCUAAUCUGUUGUGAUGAUGAUAAACUGUAAGAUCUUUAUUUUGGUAGCUCUGGCUUACUAAGGAAAUGUCACCCACAAUGUUUUCUAUGAUAACAAUUGCAGCUUAAGGGUUUGCGCGUAAAUUGGAGCAAAAUCCCUUGUUCAUCGCCUUGGGCUUUUGAAUUUUUAAAAGGUGUUACAGUUUUCCCUAUGAGACCAUCGCAAAUACAAUUUGAUUUGAUGCAGGGAAAGUUGUUCCCCCUGAAUCACGCUCAGCUUAAGGGUCUUUUUACACAUUUUAUGGCUUUGAAACACGAAUAAUGUUAAAGAAUGAGAAUUAAUUAUGACUUUAAUAUGGUUCUGACGAGACCAUCAUACAACUUUUGUACAUACUCUUUCUUGAUUUAGAGCAAAACAAAUGUAUGUAAUGAUUUAAAAUUUGAAUUAUUUUAAUGGUAUAUUAGUUAUCUGAUGUUGUUGGCUUUUGUUUUUUACAUGUUACGCAGUCAGUUGAUCAAUUAAAACACAUUUCAGCUUUAAAGGUGCUUCUGCUAAUAUUUAUUACAUGUAAUUGAUUUAUUGCCGUGGUAAUGGGAUUGAUAAUUAAAUUGGAUAUUGUUGUUUACCAGCUGUGUUUGUGUGUGUCGAUUUCAUUCACAAGUUGCCAAUUAGUGCAAAUGAACAUACAUUGGUACAUACAGUAUGUGUGAUUGAAUGGUGCUGGGAGGUUAGUUGUACCUAUGUUUCUGUACCAGAUAUGCAUUAUUACAAUUGACUGUAUUAUUUUCAUGUUGCUUGCCGCCUUUGUCUGUUUUAAAGGUAACUGGUUGUUUGUAUUUGACAUUUUUACUUGAGACACUGCUUUAAUUGGUGUUUAUAUUCUGUUGUAGUAAAUGAUAUUUUUCUUUAUUUCUCUUCCUUUUUUUGAGCUUUACCAUUUUACUGAGAUGCACUGUCACUGAUGUUGUAACUGGGAAUUGUACUUUUGCGCCAAUAUUUUUGGUUGGUGCAAAAAUAAACAUAACUUUUAAAUAAA